AAAACCUCUAAAAUGAAAACAUAAAACCCUAAAAAUAGAUAAAUCCUCUGGAUUUCAUCUCAACUGUUCGCCUUUCCCUGAAACCGGAAUCUAUCAAAAAUAUGAAAGCAAAUUCCAGGAUUUGUUAAAAAUAUCUACGGGUUCUUUAUAUUCCCAGGCGAGAUUGAAGGAGGGGAUUUUUCUUUUUACGGGUUUUCUGGAAGUGAAACUGUUGUUUUUCUUGAUGGCUGGACGGGGCAUAGACUAUCUCAGUCGAUUAAACGAUGAACUUGUUUUGCACAUUCUCUCAUUCCUUCCUUUCAAAGAUGCAGUUCGUACCUCUAUUCUCUCAACCAGAUGGAAGUAUCUCUAUGCUGCAGCUUCGGAUCUUAAUCUUGAAUUUCGUCGGAAACGGAGGAAGAAGGCCGAUCAGUUUGAUUACAUGAAUUUUGUGGAGAGACUCUUCUUUUCCCGUAAGAGUUCUGUAGAGAAAUUUCGUCUUCACUGGCUUCUCUCACAACCUCCUGAUCCUUUGCGCCUACAAGGGUGGAUUAGUGCUGUAACAUGGCAUGGUAUUCGAGAGCUUGAUUUAUUUGUUAGUGUUAAUCAGUGCAAGGACCUGCUGCUGCCGACUUGUUUAUUUAAUUGUAAGACACUGGUGGUUUUGAAAUUGAGGAAAACAGGUUCUCAUGACUUAGAGAUGGACCAUGUGUAUGAUGAUGAACAAUAUAAGUCUGACGAGUACUCUGAGUCUGAGGAGGACUAUGAUUCCACCUAUGAGAACUAUUAUUCCUCUGAGUCCAAUGAGCAUUCUGAGUCCAACAGGCACUACUACUCCGACGAGGACUCUGAGGAGCUUGGUGUCUCAAUCAUGCGUUCCAGGAAGAUCAAGCAGUCUGAGUCAAUUGACACUGGUUUAAAACUACCUGCCAAAUUUUGUCUCCCAAGUCUUAAGGUUCUUCACGUGAAGGAUAUUACAUUUCCAGAUGAUGAUUCCUGUAAUAGGCUAUUGUCUUGCUGCCCCAUUCUUGAGGAUUUGCACUACGGUUUUGGUGGUGAUAGCUGCAAACUUAGUAUUUCUAAUACUACAGUCAAGAGGCUGACUGUACGAUAUUUGGGCACCACAUUGAACAAUAGCAGUUUAGAUAUUGUUAUUAAUGCCCCAAACCUUGUCUACUUGGACUACUCUGUCAAUGACUUAAACUCGCAUGCAUUUGCAAACGUCCAGUCCCUAGCUGAAGCUGAUAUUUUUUUUGGAGAAGACCAUGGUGAUUGUAGCCGUCACAUUGAUGCUGUAACUGAUCUGAUGAGAGGGAUAAGCAAUAUUAGGACACUUACUAUAUGUGGUACAACUCUAGCGGAUCUCCGAAAGCACAAAAUUCCAAUCCCUGUCUUUCAUAAUUUGACUCAUUUAACAGUUUGGUCUCCGGGAUUGUUCUUGGUACAGUUACCACGUUUUCUUGCCCGUUGUCGAUCUUUAGACACUCUUGUCUUGAAGUAUCUUGACUGUAGAAAAUGGAAUCCUGCUCUCUGGCACAAACUAGAGGAAUCUGGAGUCAAUUGUUUGUCAUCUUUCCUGAAGACAAUUAAAAUUUUUGAAUUUGGGGGCAAGGAAUGUCAAAUGGAAAUUGUCAAAUGUUUUCUGAAAUGUGCAAGAGUUCUAGAGAGCUUAGAAAUUCAUUUUACUGCCAAGAAUGAACGCAAAUUGGAGAUUACUAAAGAGUUGCAGAUGUUACCCAGAGCCUCAAAAGAAUGCAGUGUUGUCAUCUGCUAGGUUUCUCUAUAUUUCAUUUAGGUUGAAUUUUCAACUGUUCUUUAGUUAAUUAUGGUUCCUGCUUUGUAAGACAUACAAUCAUUUUAUUCUACAUUUAAAUUCUUGUCUAUGAAUUGCCUCAAACAUAUUGUUCUUUGCAAUCCACUGCUUUCUUCUAUUUUCAGGUUAAAAACUGUAGCACUCAACUUUUGGAGUUUAUUUACUUGGGUGGAAUACCUAUUCCAUGACAAACCAUUAUUUUAAGCUAAAAAGGGGAUAAAAUGACAUAUUAAGA